AUGAUCUCUGCGACCCAGGUGCUGUUGUACCUGCCUGUGUUCUGUGUGUGCUGGCUUGCGGUCAGUGUGACGAGACGUUGGAUCAGACAAGCUCCACUUCACAAGAUCCCCGGGCCGCCGAGACUGUCCCUCAUCAAUGGCAAUCUCAAGCAAAUAUUCGACAUAAACCGCGGCAUGUCUUUCCAUACUAACAUCAUCCAAACCUACGGAAGAAUUAUCCGUAUUUGGGGAUUGUUGGGAGAUACGCAGCUGUACAUCAGCGACCCUAAGGCGCUACACAAUAUUCUAAUCAAAGACCAAUACGUCUUUGAGGAGACGAGCGGUUUCAUCGUAUCCAACCGUAUAUUUUUCGGAAUGAAUUUGACCGGCACAUUGGGUGAACAUCAUCGCCGCCAACGCAAGCUACUCAAUCCAGUAUUCUCUGCGGCCCACAUGCGCUACAUGAUCCCUGUUUUCUACAAGAUCACUCAUCAACUUUGCGACAUCAUCAAGGCCAAAACCUCAGAUGGGCCCCGAGAACUGGACAUAAUGGAAUGGAUGGGGCGCGUGGCGCUCGAAUUAGUAGGCCAAGGCGGUCUGGGAUACAGCUUCAAUGCCCUUGACGAGAAUGUCAAGAACGCGUAUGCUGAAGCAGCCAGAGGAUUCACACCCGCGCUCGCAAAGGUAGAAUUCUAUCGACCAUUUUUACCCCUGGUGGUGCCGAUUGUGCCAGCCUGGGUCCGGAGAUGGUUGGCGAAGAAUCUUCCCUGGAAAGACUUGAAUAACGUAACAGAGAUCGUCGACAUCAUGAAUGAAACCUCAAUCAAAAUCCUCGAGGAAAAGAAGAAGGCCUUACAGAAGGGAGAUGACGCGGUCGUGCAUCAAGUUGCAGAAGGAAGGGAUAUCAUGUCUAUUCUUCUGCAAGCCAAUAUUUCCGCUUCAGAAGAUAUGAAGCUUCCAGAGUCAGAGAUUCUCGCGCAGAUGUCGCUUCUGAUCUUCGCGGCGAUGGAUACUACCUCCUCCGCUCUAACUCGCAUUCUGCAUGUUCUUUCCGAGAAUCAGGACGUACAGGACAAACUGCGCGAGGAAGUGCUGAACGCUUACAAGUCUUCCGAGUCUGGCGAUCUGGAUUACGAUACAUUACAUGAGCUGCCGUAUCUGGAGGCUGUCUGCCGCGAGACGCUUCGCCUGUAUUCUCCCGUCUUGAUUAUGUCUCGCACCGCACGAAAGGACAUAAUGGUCCCGCUCGAUGUCCCAACCACGAUCGGUAACUCAGAAGUCUCCGAGAUGUUCAUCCCCGAGGACACUACGAUCUACAUCGGUAUUCGCGCCAUCAACACAGACCCACUUAUUUGGGGUCCUGAUGCGAACGAGUGGAAGCCUGAACGGUUCUUGAACCCGCUUCCGGAGAGCGUGACAGAUGCGAAAGUACCCGGUGUCUAUGCGAACUUGUUGACGUUUUUGGGCGGCGGAAGGGCAUGCAUCGGCUUCAAAUUCUCCCAAAUGGAGAUGAAGAUCGUUCUUUCCCUUCUCAUCUCGACGUUCAAGUUCACCCCCUCGAAGAAAUCAGUCUCAUGGAAGCUGGGCGGGGUAUUACUUCCCAUGGAAGAGGGCAGCCUCACUCCCUCUCUGCCGCUUGUGGUCUCUUUAGUGAAGGAGACUGGGAAGAAUUGAUUUCGACAGUUUACGAACAACCACGAGGCGCGGUACGAUAGAGAGAAGCGUUGGGUAACUGGUAGACUGUCAGAAUUUCUUCUGGGCUCUGAAACUAUGUGGUUACUACGUUUGAUGUUGUUCUUAUUUAUGUUCCAGUACGAUUUUGACUAUCGAUCCUGUGAC